CUUUGCCUCUCUUCCUCCACUUUAAAUACCUUUGCACGGAGCUCUGGCCACCACGGUAAGGUCAGAAGGCUUCACCCGCAUCCUCCCUGUGUGGGCAUCACCACCUCCGCAACAUGGACGCGCAGCACUGCAAGAUGAACGGCGACCCUUUCCAGGAAUCUAUGUACAUUGAAGAGCCCUCAAAUAAAAAUGGUGUGAUUUCUUUGAUCUUCUCUUUGAAAGAAGAAGUUGGGGCACUGGCUAAAGUUCUGCGCACGUUUGAGGAAAAAGGUAUAAACCUAACACACAUUGAGUCUCGGCCUUCCCGUCUCAACAAAGAUGAAUAUGAAUUCUUCAUUAAUUUGGAAGGCAAGAAUGUGCCAGCACUAGACAAGAUCAUCAAGUCCUUGAGAAACGAUAUUGGUGCAACGGUGCACGAGCUAUCACGAACAAAGAAGAAGGACACUGUACCGUGGUUCCCAAGAAGUAUCCAGGAGCUGGACAGAUUUGCCAAUCAGAUUCUAAGCUAUGGAGCGGAACUGGAUGCUGACCAUCCUGGGUUCAAAGAUCCUGUGUACCGGGCCCGGAGGAAGGAGUUCGCAGAUAUUGCCUACAACUACAGACAUGGCCAACCUAUUCCUCGAGUCACCUACACAGAAGAAGAAAAGAAAACAUGGGGAACUGUCUUCAGGGAGUUGAAGAGUCUCUAUCCAACUCAUGCUUGUUAUGAACAUAACCAUGUGUUCCCAUUGCUAGAGAAGUACUGUGGCUACCGGGAGGAUAACAUUCCCCAGCUUGAAGAUAUUUCAAAAUUCUUGCAGACCUGCACUGGAUUUCGCCUGCGUCCUGUUGCAGGCUUGCUCUCCUCUCGGGAUUUCUUGGCUGGGUUGGCAUUCCGAGUAUUUCAUUCUACACAGUAUAUUCGCCAUGCGUCCAAACCUAUGUACACACCAGAGCCUGAUAUUUGCCAUGAGCUGCUAGGACAUGUGCCUCUUUUUGCUGAUCCCAGUUUUGCUCAGUUUUCCCAGGAAAUUGGACUGGCAUCUCUGGGAGCUCCAGAUGAUUUCAUCGAGAAACUUGCUACGGUUUAUUGGUUUACAGUGGAGUUUGGACUAUGUAAGGAAGGCGAUUCACUAAAGGCGUAUGGUGCAGGGCUGCUGUCUUCAUUUGGGGAGCUACAGUACUGUUUAUCAAGUAAACCUGAGAUUCAGCCUCUUGUCCUGGAGAAGACUGCUGUGCAGAAGUACCCUGUUACUGAGUUCCAGCCUGUCUACUUUGUUGCUGAAAGUUUUAAAGAUGCAAAAGAAAAGCUAAGGAAAUUUGCUCAGACGAUCCCUCGUCCUUUCUCUGUUCGAUACAAUCCCUACACCCAGAGAAUCGAAGUCCUGGACAAUGCAAAGCAACUGAAGAAUUUAGCUGACACCAUCAACAGUGAGAUGGGGAUCCUUUGCAAUGCUCUUCAGAAGAUAAAAUGAAGAUUGUCUAUAACUCGUACUAAUCAUCAGUUAGAGUCUAGAAGCUGCCAUAUGCAAAUAACAGUCUUCACUUAGUGUCAGUCUAUUACCUUCCUGUGUACUGCAUGAAUGCUUAUGUCAUAUAUCUUAAUUAUCACAGAUUAUCAGAAAAAGAAUCAGAGAAUGGUUUGGGUUGGAAUGGACCUUAAAGACCAUCUAUUUCCAAUCCCCCUGCCAUGGACAGGGACACCUCCCACUAGACAAGGUUGCUCAAACUCUCACCCAACCUGUCCUUGAACACUUCCAGGGAUGGAGCAUCCACAGCUUCUCUGGGCAACCUGUUCCAGUGCCUCACCAUGCUCGUAGUUAAGAAGUUCUUUAUAUCUAAUCAAAACCUACCCUCUUUCAGUAUAAAGCCAUUACAUCCUGUCCUAUCACUACACUCCCUGACAAAGAGUCCAUCCUCAGCUUUCCUGCAGGCCCCCUUUAGGCACUGGAAGGCUGCUGUGAGGUCUCCCCAGAGACUUCUCCAGGCUGAAAAGCCCCAACUCCUUCAUCCUGUCUUCAAAGGAAAAAGAGACACUUGCAGGUGACCUUUGCCUCUUUUGGCCUUCAGACGCUAAUCCAUUUUUUUCUUCUGACUAAAGCAUAAACAUCAACUUAGUUCUGGGAAUCUAUGGAAACCCUCUGUAUCUCUUGUGCGAAAGGUUGGCAGAAGGAGGAGAUCUCUACCAUGCAGAACUACAAUCUGCUGCAGACAUGGGGUUGCAUUAUCACACUUGGCACAGUGACUGGAUGGUAAUAUCCAACACAGACUAAUCCACCUUUUUUCUCUCACAUUCAUUUUUCCCUCAGUCCCUCACAUCUGUGCAUAUUCCCCACGAAAUCCUAAACUCUACAUGUUUCAGGGAAUAUACACACGCUGUUUGGUCCUGUAGAGUAUGACCUUCCCUUGGUAAAACUGUACUGCUUUUACACAUGAACACCUCUAUUGUGAAAUAUUUUUUUUUUCUAAAAGUGUGAUGUUGCCAUUGAUCAAAAGCACAGAUGCUAGUAGAAAAGACAGCAAAUAUGCUGCAGCUUCCUUAACAAAGAUCUUUUGCCACACACAAAUAUACAGUAUUUGCACAAUGAUUAAUCCCAAAAAGAUUUGUGCAGGUCAAGAAUAUUUUAUGCUGUGUUCUGUCAUUGAUUUGCAGAAUGGAGUCCCUAAGCAAGGCACUGAGACUGCUUAUCCAGAUCAUGGGGUACACAUGCCAGACCCAGUACACAUGCCUCAGUACAGUACCCACAAAAAGGCCUUUUCAGAGAAGAGUUACCUAAAGACACAUCUGUGUUGCUUUUUGCUGUUGGAUGCUAGGUCACUUUGCCAAUACUCUGUGCAA